AUGAGGAAGGGUCGUGGCAGAAACAUCGUGUACGACGAUGAGGACGAUGAGACUGAUGAAGAGCCACAGCCAAUGAAGAGAAGAAGACUGGUAUCUACUACCUUUGCCAUUGACCUGGACAAGGAUAGUGAUAUUGAGAUUAUCACGGUUGGCAAGAAGGAUCUUACGCAGAUGACCCCGAACAAGCCAGACGAGAAGAAUAACGUUAAGAAGAGCAUCAAGAAGUGCAUCAAGAAGACAGUCAAGAAGACAUUCUUCGAUGAGGUCCAAUUCGUCAAGGAUGUCAAGGAUAUCAAGGACGUCGAGACAUACAAGAAUGAUGUUGCGGCCGGCAUCUCAACCAAGGAUGAAGACCUUGGUGAUGACGAAGGCUUCAUUGAUGAUGAAGAUGAUGAUCAACCCAAGAGAAAGAGACCUUACAAGCCUCACAAGAAAAACCGAGGUGAGGGCAAGGGACCUGCUCGUGUCAAGAAGUAUACAGGAGGUAAUCACGCCAAGAAGGCUCAGGAUGACCCAACUCUAGCACCAUGGGCGGUGGUCAGGAAAGAUAUCCCAGAUGAUGGACUGGCUCGCAACAAAUUUGGUAGAACCAAGGAGGAGGUAAUUCAGAAUAGAAGAAACGCAGCGAAGGUUCGUCGCGACAACAGGUCUGAGCAGAAGAAGAAAGAUGAUGCUGCUGCUACCAAGAAAUGGCGCGAGGAUAAUGCGGAAUAUGUCGAGGCCUUCGACUGGCUCCGACAUGCCGAUCAAGUCGCGAAUUAUACGCUUGAACACAGAGAGAAGCUUCGCCUGGAAGGCCGGGAGAAGUGGCAUCAAAGGGUUCUCAAGGACUUUCUUGAAAAUCCUGUCAAGGGAGUGAGAGUUCCAGAGACAGGCAGAGAGCUACAAAAGAGAUGCAUGGUUCUUACCGAGCUUCCGUUCGAAGUAAGCACUCUCGGAGUUCACGUCAUCAUCUUGGCUCGAAAGAGUUGGAAGGCAGAGAACAACGAACACAUCGAGCUCGAAACAACGAAUUGGCUUAUUUUCGGCAAGUUUAUGAGGGAUUUCCUGGCUCAGACUCCUGUGCUGUCAGCAGAAUCAAUUGUCUGGCAUGGCAGAUGUGCCAGUGCUGCUUUGCCAUGGGUUACCCGGGAUAAUGCUGAUGGCCUGCCACUUCACUUUCUUGAUCCAGAUCUUUGGAACGAAACCAAUGACCGAAAGUUCAGCAAUUCCUUUUCAGCUGCUCGCGAUCAUUCUACUGUUGUAGUUGUGGGCCGCGGCGUUGAUGGGGGAUCUACCAACACAGACAGCUGGACAGGCCUUCAGCUUCGGUAUCCGAAAUUCGACAUAGUCCUGGCCUACACUUUCGCCGAAGUCUAUGCUCGCUUCCGAACCCCACUCGAUAGUGAUUGGCUUUACAAAACCAAUCCGUAUGAUGAGCGGAUCUAUGCGUUCUUCCCUCUUCGAGACCUGAUCGAUCAUGUCAGCGGGGUUAACCCUCAGCCAAAGUUUGCGUGGCUCAUCUCUGAGUGGAAGGCAGCAACUGUUUGGCGACAGGCAUUCUCUGUGGCAUACCAGUUCCCAGAACCGACGAGAACCGAGAAGGUCAAGGAGGUCCAGGACGCAUAUUUUGUCCAACGAUUCCGCCCACGAAAUACCCUUCCUCUUUAUGUCUGA